CCUCACAAUCAGUCUGUGACACAUAUAUACAGUGUCCGGGGCUGUCCUCACAAUCAGUCUGUCUCACAUAUAUACAGUGUCCGGAGCUGUCCCCACAAUCAGUCUGUCUUACAUAUAUACAGUGUCCAGGGCUGUCCGGACAAUCAGACCAUUUCAUAUACAUGGGUAUAGUUUGUCCACAAUCACAAUUUUCACACUGUUUGGGAUGUACAUGUAAUUCUUACACUUGGCAGUGAAAUUUUGCUCGAGUUUAGAAUCAAGUGUAUAUAGAUUAUAUAUGUAUUUCAUUUGUAUUGUAUAAUUUCAGCCAUUGCUUUCUUAGAAAUGAAAUCCCUCAAAAGAAAAGAGCUACUUGUCAAAAAGUUCAUGUGAGGAAAUGUGUAUGGUGAACUGUCUAUGAUGAGACAAAAAUAAUAGUCACAGGAAAUCUAAUUUUUUUGUAAAGAAAAUAUAUUUAUUUUUAAUUUGAUAACAAAGUAUUGAUUUCUGUGCAUGUGUGUGUAACCUUGAAAUUAACGAACAUUUGUGUAACACACACAUAGCUUCCUGGAUUCCAUAAUUAACUUAUGAGAAAAAAACGAACCAAAAAUAAAAAACAAAUGAAAAAACAAAAAAUAACAAAAAUAGCAAUAAAAAAAGUAUAAAGCAAUUCAGAUUUAAUUUUAAAGUUCACAGAAUACAGCCCUUGGAACAGUUUGGUAUGACUAAUGGUCCAUAUUUUUGUAUAUGCACCUUGAUACCUGUCUGUCUCUGUACAGGUAAACACAGGUAAAACUGAGUGACAUUUUAUAGAUACACUGGCCAUACAACAACAAGAGAAAGUCUGGUGGCAAAUAUUUAACCGGGCACUGGGGACAAAUUUAAAUUGAAAUGUACAUUUUUAUAAAAAAAACGGCAUCACUCAAGCGUGUAGGAUGUAUAUUUUCAAAACAGAGUGAGCUGGAUUUGGGUGGUGAUAGAAAGUUCAUGGGGUUUUGUUUAGUCUGAGAAUUUCUACCAGAGACCAUGUGACAAUGAGCUGUCAUGUGAAAUGUGGGAUUUAUUCAAACAUUUGAUUACAUAAACUUGAAGGAUUCUUUUAGCCAUGGAGAUGUCUGAAUCUACGAAGCAUUUUUCUGUGUCUUGGUUAACAUGCUAAUCUCCAGUGUUAGGCUCUUAAUCGAAAAAUGCAUUCAGAAAACUGCACAUGAUUAUGAAAAAAAAAUUGAUUUGUGCAAGUUUGUGUGUUAGUCGACAGCCUGUCAAAAGAAGUAAUAGAAGAAUGUGCUUCAAAUUUGUAUUAUGCAAUACACAAUUUAACUAGUAGUGAUGGAGGAUAUUGAUAUCAGAAAAUUCAACUCAAUAUUUGAAUGCAGUAGAUUUUGAUAAAAAUAGAUGUGUGCAGGAGAUGAAAUUGAUGGAAUGUGCAUGAUUUAGAAUGCGAUAUCUGUGUAUCAUUAACUACAGAUAGCAGAUAUUUAUUCUUCCUGAUGAAGACGAGAUGUGAAAACUUUUAAUAUAUUUCUCCAAGCUUGAAAUGGCAUGCAUAAUAUUACAUCACUGUGUUUCAAGAGAAACGUGAAACAAUUUUGUCAGAUUCUUCGAUCGAUGCAAUUAAAUCUGGAUUAAUUGAAGAGAGUGAUCAAUUAAAAUGCAGGUUUUACAGUGUUACAUAAUAGUGUAUGGAAAUUUACAUUUGUGAUCAAUAUACCAGCAAUCCAAAAUCCUGUGUGAUAUAUAUUUUCAAGUUUUUAAUGGAUGUGGCAAUUUCAUUUUAUUUUCUUUGCCAAGAAUUGCUGAUGAUUGAUGCAUUGAAGUUACGUAAUAGCUGUUUUAAAUAAAAAACUUAGUGCUCUCAAGAGAAAUUAAUGUGUAAAAAAAGCAGCACUUAUUGAAAAAACAACUCAAAUGAAUCUUUCAAAUGGGGAUCUAGUUUGUGACUGAAAGUACCUGACGAUUGAUUGUAUAUGACAAAUGACAAAUCGAGUUUGGUUCCAUAAGGACUUGAAUGCCCUCUGUAAAAUGAUGGCUUACUGUAUAAUGGUCAAACGAUGAAAAAUCUGUAUAAAGAAUAGCCAAGUGCAAAAUUGAAUGUGAAUCCAGACAGAAAAUAAAAAGUUGGAAUUCAAGGAAAAACUUUACACCGGCUGUCUGUGUUUGGUCUCUUUUGACCUACAUGUAUGAUGGACCCAUGGUUUGAGAAUUUUAAGCUGUUGCUAACCUACUGGUUAAUGUCUGCUAACAGGGACAGCAUGACGGAGGCAGCCACUGCAGUGUCAACGCUUCUGUCGUACGGACAGCAGCAGGCUCAACCCCCUCAGCCCCUACCCCCGGGAAGGCCGUCCUACAGCCUGCCCUCAUUGGGAGCAAUGUCGCUUUCGGUAGACAGUCCCAACAGCGUCUCGCAGUUUCCCAGGAAUCCGCAGGACCUGAGCCUGCGUCACCCUGCGGACAGCUCUGAUAUGGCCACAGACAACCAUCAGCUGACCUCAAAUGACCAGCAAUAUAUGGAGGUCAAUUCCAGCAUCCAUCCUGACCGGACACACAUCUGUCCUAACUGUAGCAAGGGCUUUAAGAGCAAGCAGCAGUUGGCUCAGCAUACAUUGGUGCACAGUGGGAUACGCAAACACAUAUGUUCCUUCUGUGAUAAAGGAUUCAAGCAGCUCUGUCACUUGCAGCAACACCUAAGGAUACACACAGGUGAGAAGCCGUAUCGGUGUUGUUUUGAUGGUUGUGAGCGGGCCUUUGCUCAGAUGGCCAAUCUCCAUCACCACAUGAGGAACCAUGAGGACCAUGUGAAAAAAGCAGCUAACAAACAGUACCAGUGUUCUGUCUGUAGCCGAGCCUACACCAAUGAAAGCAGUCUAAAAAACCACACCAUUAAGAUGCAUGUAAAUGUGCGUCCCUUUGAAGGCCCCUAUCCACUUCCAUACAAACCACGGAAACCACGCCAGUCCAGUACUAAUAAUUCCAAAGCAGAUCUGACCAAGGACAAGGGAAGCUCUGUACCACUGUCCUUCAUUAGUGACCCAAGGACAUCAAACUUUAGUCGUUUUAUUGACCUUCACAAGGACACUUUGUCAAGGCCACUUGAAUCAAAUCAACUUUCGCCCAACAUGUCCUCUGAACAAUCUAGCAAUAUAUCGUCCACUACACUUCUGUCCUCGUCUCCUCAUGUGCAGACGUCGCUGAUGCCACCACAUUCUCUCCCCCCGCUGUCUCUCAUAUCUUCCACCAUGUCCCCCUCCCUGAUGUCACCAUCAUUUAUAUCUCAUCUUCAACAUAAUGCACAGAACAGUGCAGGACAUCUGAACCACCUGCUGCCAUCAACGAGACCCACCCCACAAGAACACCACCAGUCCUCGCCACAUCUACCGCACACCAGCAGUAGUUCUCGUGUUACACCCACCUCUCAAGACCAGAGAUCCACUCCCCAACAAUCACCAUCUUCAUUGGCCAAUAGUGAAUCGACCUUACCACGUAAGGAAGCAGCAGAACCAUCCUCCAGUCACAGUGUUCACUAUCACUCUCCCCUACCCCACCCCCUCCCCUUACAACAAAACUCCCUCCUAACUCUGUCCACACGACUAAACAUGUACUAGCUUCUGAUGACCCGCAUACCAUUACAGGUCAGCUUGAUGGUCUAUCAAUAGAACAAAUUUUAGUCUGUUAAUUUUGAAUUUUUUUUGUAUUGUGAACCAUUGCUAUGUACAUACAUAUAUAUAUAUCAGCUUUGUAAUUUUUACUUAGAAAUUGGAUUUAUUUUUAUGCUACUGGGUAGCAUAGAUUUGUGUGUUUACAAGUGUAACAGGGUUCAGAGUUUUGUAUGCAUUUGAAUAGUGAUUGUCAAAUAACAUAAAUGUGAUUGCGAACAUGUUCGUUUGAGAUUUGCAAUUAAGCUUGUUUGUAAACAUAAUUUUUAAAUGAAAUUUGGUGCAGAUGUUUCAGUAGUGCUGUUGUGUAUUAUUAAUAUUGUAGAUAAUCAUGUUGGAUGAAGAAAAAUCUUAAUAUAUUUGUAUUUUCUAUAGGAGAGGUGUGUACGGUUCUAAGGCUUGUAACGAUCUUAAAAUGAUUAACGUAUGAAUUUUGCCUAUUUUAUAUAUCUAAUAGCAUAUAAAAUCAGCAAUGACUUAAAUACAUCUUUUUCUUACAAUCAUCUUUCAGUGAUUACAUAUAUACAUAACAUUUUAAUGUGGUCUAAACUAAUGCAAUUUUACUUAAUCAUGCCGUGAAGUCUUUUCAUGUUCGAACGAUGAUGGAGACGAAGACUGAGCUCAUUCUCGGUGUCCAGAUGUUCACACAAGUUUUUGUCCGCAUGUUUGUAAGUUUGGAUAACAUUUUGUAUUUUGUGUUUUAGGAACCACUUCUAUGCAAGACUUCUAUAAUUUCCACUUCUCUGUCGUUGAAAACAUGAUCCAAAAUGUAUAUCAAAGAAGAGGUUUUUAAUGUACACUGGGUUACUUCAUCGUCAUAAUGGCCGACUUCCUUCUGAAACUUGAAUGAAAAUAUAAAUAUCAGCAAUACAUGUAUAUUCCUUUUUUAAAUCAAAUAGCCUAGCUGGGUAGCUCAGUAGGGUUGUGUGAUUUUUUUGUUUAGAAAAAGUACAAUUAUAGGUUGCAUCCCAUUCCAAAUUUUCUGGACACCUCCCCCCUCCCUCCCAAAAAUCACUAAUUUAAAAGUAUAGUAUAAAAUUUUUAUGAAUUUUGAUUAUAUAAAAAUUAUGAAUAUGUUCCAGUCCUCAACUUUUUGAACAAUGAACUUCUUAUUUUCACUUAGUAUCUAUUUGGGGGAGGGGUGGGGGGUGAGGGGUGCUCAAUAUUUUAUCAAUAAACUUGAUAAAAAAUGGUUUAAUCUGAUCAGCUGGUACAUUUUAUGCGGACUGUAUUUCAGGUUCUAACAACAGACCAUCAGUCUCUAUGAUACACUAUAUGUACAGAUGAUGUGUGAUGUGUUGUUUUAUCGUUGUAGAUUUUUAUUGAUGUUUUAUUUAUUCUAAAUUGUUGACAACAUUUUUGUUUUAUAGAAUCUCCUUGUUUUCAUAAUUGUCUGGAUCAGAUAGAUCUAGUCGGCUCUGAGAGAGGUUUUCCUUUGUCUGGAUCAGACAGAUCUAGUCGGCUCAGAGAGGUUGUCCUUUGUCUGGAUCAGACGGAUCUAGUCGGCUAUGAGAGAGGUUUUCCUUUGUCUAGAUCAGAUGGAUCUAGUCGGCUCUGAGAGAGGUUGUCCUUUGUCUGGAUCAGACAGAUCUAGUUGGCUCAGAGAGGUUGUCCUUUGUCUGGAUCAGACGGAUCUAGUCGGCUCUGAGAGAGGUUGUCCUUUGUCUGGAUCAGAUGGAUCUAGUCGGCUCUGAGAGAGGUUUUCCUUUGUCUGGAACAGAUGGAUCUAGUCGGCUCAGAGAGGUUGUCCUUUGUCUGGAUCAGACGGAUCUAGUCGGCUAUGAGAGAGGUUUUCCUUUGUCUAGAUCAGAUGGAUCUAGUCGGCUCUGAGAGAGGUUUUCCUUUGUCUGGAAAAUCUUUUUUGGAACCACUGUUUAAUUUUAGAUAGAGACUUACUACAUUUUAGGAUGAUUCACCAAACUAGGAAGGCUGGAAUACUUACAUUUCAAAUCUCAGUAAAAUGAAACAAAAACAUGCUAUGGUGAAUCAGUUGUAGGGUUGUUUUUCCCUGGUCCCUUUGGGGUGGAAGAAAUGCCGUCUUUAGUCACACAGCUCCAUUGUUUUUGAAUAUGAAUCCACCCAGAAGAAGAGUAAAGUUAUAAUAACAUAAAUACAGUUGGGUAUACAAACACUAUUCACUUUUCUGACUAGGUAUAUAGCUUUCUUAAGGACACACUGUUAAAAUGUUAGUGACCCCCCCCCAUACACACACACACAAAUAUACAAGUAAUUCAUUUUUUUAAAAACUCAGUAGCUUCAGUGGAUUUCGUCCCUUUGGGCCCCCACCAGGGUUUUGAACAAAGCCCCCUAAAUCCCUUAUCUUUUACUGCAGCCCUCCUCAACCUUCCCAUCAAACAGAAAUUUCUGGAUUCGCCUCUGAUGUGCAUCUGUCUGGUGAGCUAUGCGAGCCUGUGAUGUGUAUCUGUCAGGUGAGCUAUGCGAGCCUGUGAUGUGUAUCUGUCGGGUGAGCUUUGCGAGCCUGUGAUGUGUAUCUGUCGGGUGAGCUUUGCGAGCCUGUGAUGUGUAUCUGCCGGGUGAGCUAUGCGAGCCUGUGAUGUGUAUCUGUCAGGUGAGCUUUGCGAGCCUGUGGCCUUGUGUCUCUUGUCUCAGCUGAUUACCAGACUGCUUCAUUCUUUCAUAAUAUGUGUUAUGAAAUAAAAACAAAAAGACG